CCCCGACUCGCGAACCAGACGCGAAGUCAGGUGAGAACUUUAAGCCACAAACCAGGCAACAGCGCAUCCAGCGCCAGGAUUGGCUAGUUGAUAUCACCAAGACCUCGGUUUCAUGAUAUGGAGGCUUGUGUGGCCGGCCAAGGGACUCGAUGGUUUGGCCGGAUCGGGAACGGCAACCAAGAGGCUCGCUCUCGGAGAUGUCGAUAAAGGGAUCAGGCAGGUCUGUCCUGCUCGCUCGUCCCGUCUUCCUCUCCAAGUGAGCUCUCCAGCGGCAUCUUUGCCCUUCUCUGCUCGUCAACAUUCAACACAGCGCCGUAUAUACCCUAUCCUGAAAGCCAUGGCCUCUGACGACUGCAAGGACGCUUGUCCCGCCGCCGGCGAGAUCUGCUGGCUCGAAGUGCCGUGCACCGACAUCGACCGUGCCUUGUCGUUCUACUCGGCCGUUCUGGGCUGGGAAUCUGCCAACCCAGAGGGCUGCCCUUCGCCGCUGCCGGGCCCCAUGGAGGGCACGGAUGCCGUGCACAUGUUCCGGCGCGGAAGGAUGCACGGUGCUUUUGUCAAGAUGAGCAGCCCCGACGGCGUCGCGGCGGUCGCGGAUGCGGCGCACCCGGCCAAGGCGCCAGUUUUGGCGUCGUACAAUGUCUCGAGCAUCGAGGAGACGCUGGCCAAGGUUGAGGCUGCCGGCGGAAGGGUGCAUGUUCCCAAGACGGCUAUUGCUGGGGGCAGCAUGGGCUAUUUCGCACGGUUCGUGGACACCGAGGGCAACCUGCAGGGCAUCUGGGAAGCUCCAGCCAAUUAAGACAGUGUUGCUCAGAUUGUGGCUGCGGAGGGGACUGGGCAGCUGCGAAGCACUUGUUCACUGUCUUUGUUGUUUUGCGGCCAGAUAACGAGAACUAUUCUGCCUGCCAGGCCAGCGGCACGGGCCUUCAAACACACUACUAUCUUCUGCCACUCCUUCUACUGCCCGGGAAAUGAAUACUCUCUAGUAUUGCGGACUCUGGAUUGAUAAGUAGUUGACCU